CAAGCUCUAUUACCGGUCCAUCCCGACGAGCAGAAGCAUAAAAUAUUGAUGCGAUACGAGCACAGCUUUCUACAAGCGAUGUACUUCUUUGAUGAUGCGAUGAAGCAACGCACACUUAACGCGCUGGAUCAGCUAGAUGUGCGAAAAAUCGACUACUAUCCAUCGCAUUUGAUAAAAAAAAUCUUACCACUCGUGGAUAAACGAACCAGCUACCUCAGGCAAGCGUACAAGUUCAUACUAGAAGAGGAACAGCUUUGGCCAAACAUUUACCCCGAGGUGAUACUGAUGGAUUAUUUGUUUGAAACCGAUCACGGUGUCUCGCGCGAUCAGGCCGUUUUCUUCAUCAUCUUGCUGAUGGAUCUUCAGGAAGACUAUCGCUAUCAUGUGAAACGCGCCUUUUUGCGAUACAUUUUGCGCUCGGAAAUGGAACGUGCGCGACUGAGGCUGGCUAUCGAACCACCCGAGUUUCCGAUUGCCACCAUGGUAGCGCCGGUGCCUUGGAAAUGUUCUGUUCAGCUGGCAAAGAACCGGCUGGAGGAAGUGCUGAUGAUCAACCAUCCCGUUCUGCAGGCUAUCAAUAUGCUUUGGCACAAGCUGUACAGUAACCUGUUGGUAGUGGAUUCGUCUAAGUUCUACAACACCGACAUUCCGAUGCACGCCGAUAAGAUCACCGAGAAGAUUCACAGCAGCUGCCGCAUAACUAGAGACAUAUUGAUCAACGACUGGAUGCCCCGUGUCGCGGAUCUGGUGGACGUCAUGCGCAGAUACUGGAAGGAUCUGGUGCCACGAAACUCCACGCACGGAGGACGGGGAGCUAUUUUCUUCAACUGUAUUCACGCGCUUACUUCGUACCAUUUGCAAGAUAUGAUCAAGAAAAGUCUCGACCAUCUGGUGGAAGCGCUAGAAGUCUACCGGGAGGGAGACAUCGCGGGCAAUGAACCGAAGGUGAAGAAAAAACCCUUCAUGACGCUGACCGUCUCGGUGGUGGGCCAACACCAUACGGAUAUCGAGAAAACUACCGAAAAAAGUGACCUCUCACUGUACCAAGUGGACGAUGACGAUCCAGACAUUCUGAUGUCGGAGUCGGACGAUUUUCCACUGACGAACUGCGAUGAGCGAAGGACGUCGUUCAUUGUGAAGAGCAGCGGCAAGAUCAUUAUCUACCCGUACAUGGAGGAACUGCCCGAUCUGUUCAAGAGCUACUUCGUGAAGAUCCUGAAGGUGGGCUAUAAGAUACCACGGCUCGAGUACUAUCUCACACAGGACGAAAAGCAGCUGGGCUAUCUGCACUUCAUCCACGAAACCAACGACGAUAUGGAGAAGCUAUACCAGCGCGUCAAGAAGAUAGUGAUCGCCAACCAAACUGGACCGACCGUUUAUCUUUACCCGAUGUACGAGUACUACUUUCCGGUGUUGGCUAACAAGAUGAAGCUGAUCACCGAGGGCAUUUUUUCGCAGCCCGAGCUGCCUCCAUUGGAUAUAUUCAGAGAAUUGGUGCAAAAGUUCACCGACUUGUUGAACGGAAUCUAUUAUUUGCGUGAUUUUAUCCCACUCAACCUGUUCAUGCUCGAUAACAGUAGACUGAACAAGGUCCUCGAGAAGCUAGUCAAUGAUCUGAGAAACUUUGUGAUCAAUUACUUCAUCACGCUGAAUCAGGUCGAGAAUAGAAGAAUUUGCGAUGAGUUCGAGGAUAUGUCGCUGCACGCUGGAGAGAGACCUAAGGAAACCCCCGAAGUUGUUGCUUUACAAAACUACCUCACCCACUGUCGGGAGGAACGCAUGUAUCAGCUGACGUCCGAAAUUAAGCAAGUGGCUCAGAGGGUCAUUUUCCUGCUCACUCACGCGAUCCUCGACCAGGAGGAUAUCAACCUGAACUCGCGGUUGUUCCUGUGGCCGAAGGAGCUAGAAAAGGUGCUCGAUCUUAGUGGGGCUCGCCUAUCUGUGGUGCGAGAAAACCUUGAGACGUCACUGCGCGAACGCAGAGUCAAGUUCGAGCAGUAUCUCAUGACGGAGAAAAAGAAAAUGGACCACUUUCGUACGCGAGAAAUUCGCGAAAUGCUCUCGCUGGAUGACCUGCGCGAGAAAGUGGACACGGUUGAUGGGUUGAUGAAAAUUUUAGAGGACUGCAGCAGAGAGGCAAAAGAAAUCAAUACGAACGAAAAUCUACUCCAGAUCGAUCUAUCCUUCUUCCCGUCGCUGAACGAAAUGAUUGAGAAAAUGGGUCCGAUAGAGAAGCUCUGGCACACGGCAUACAAAUUUGAUACCUGCCACGAGGUGUGGUACUUUGGUCCCUUCAAAGAUUUGGAUGCGGACGUCAUACGUAAUGCCGUGGAGGAGAUGUAUCUGGCCAUUUCGCUGCUGCUGAAAGAGCUCACCGGUAGCCCGCAGGCAAAACGAGUAGCCGAACAGAUACGGAUGAAAGUGGAGAAGUUCAAGGUGUACCUGCCCAUACUGGAGUCGAUCUGUCGCCAGGGACUAUGUGAUCGCCAUUGGAAGCAGAUCUCGGAAGAACUGGGCCAAGAAGUGAACCCCGAAGAGCACAAUUCGCUCAGCCAAAUGGUGGAGAUCGAUAUCGUCAAGAUACAGCAGCGCCUGGAAGAGAUCUCCAACGCUGCCGGCAAAGAGUACGAGCUAAACAUUCAGCUGGUGAACAUGCAGGAAGAGUGGACCGAGGUGAUGUUCGUUUGCAUACCGUACCGAGACAGCGAUAUGUACAUCCUUUCCUCCGUCGACGAGAUCCAAACGCUGCUCGAUGAUCACAUCCUGAAGGCGCAGGCGAUGCGAGGCUCGCCGUAUAUUGCUGCGCUCGGCACGAAGGCAAACAACUGGGAAGACAAGCUCAUCUCCAUGCAAGACAUUAUCGACACCUGGCUACAGGUGCAGGCGACCUGGAUGUACCUGGAGCCGAUCUUCAGCUCCGAGGACAUCCUGCGCCAGAUGCCGACCGAGGGCCGUCACUUUAAGGCUGUCGAUCGUGUAUUCCGCAAGAUCAUGAAGCACACUACGGCCGAUGCGCACGUAAUCCAGGCGACAGAUUACCCAGAGCUCUUGAACACGCUCCGUAAGGCAUACACCGAUCUGGAGGAGAUUCAGAAGGGUCUGAAUAUGUAUCUCGAGAAGAAACGGCUGUUCUUCGCACGCUUCUUCUUCCUCUCCAACGACGAGCUGCUAGAGAUUUUGUCUGAGACAAAGGACCCACUGCGCGUACAGCCACAUCUGAAGAAGUGCUUCGAGGGCAUCCAUUCGCUUCAGUUCGACCAGCAGAUGGAGAUAGUGGCCAUCAUCUCUGCCGAGCAGGAAGUAAUACCGUGUGUUCGAAAGGUUAACCCGAAUCUGGCCAAUGGUUUGGUAGAGAAGUGGUUAAAAGAGGUUGAAACGGUGAUGCUGGAAAGCGUGAAAGAACAAAUCUGGCAAUCGUACGAGCGUUACCCGAACGAUCCGCGUAAAGUGUGGGUGAUCAACUGGCCAGGGCAAGCUGUGCAGGUGGUGUCAUGUCUCAAGUGGACCGAGGAAGCCGAAGAAGCCAUCAAAGCAGGUGAACUGAAGCAGUUUGCCAACACGUGCAGCAGUCAGAUAGCGGAGCUGGUAGAUCUCGUUCGUGGAAAUCUGAGCGCAGGAGCGACCAUCACGAUCGAAGCCCUGAUCGUCGUCGAUGUUCACGCUCGAGACAUCGUAAACCUGCUGGUGGAGAAGCAGAUCAGUGAUGUCGGUGAUUUCAACUGGUUCUCACAGCUGCGUUACUACUGGCGCAUAGAUGACGAUGAUAAGCAGAGCUACGUCGGGGUCAGCAUGGUUACUACGGACUUGAAGUACGGCAUGGAAUAUCUCGGCAAUACGGGACGGCUCGUUACGACGCCACUUACGGAUCGCUGCUUCCGCACGCUGAUGGGAGCGUUCAAGUUAAACUUGGGCGGCGCUCCAGAGGGCCCUGCUGGAACGGGUAAAACGGAAACGUGCAAAGAUCUCGCAAAAGCUGUGGCGAAGAAAUGUGUCGUCUUCAACUGCUCCGAUGGGCUAGAUUACAAGGCGUUGGGUAAAUUCUUCAAGGGCCUCGCUCAGUCCGGAUCAUGGGCGUGCUUCGAUGAGUUCAAUCGAAUCGAGCUAGAGGUGCUAUCGGUUGUCGCGCAACAAAUUCUCACCAUUCAACACGCCAUCGCACAGAAAGUGGUGAAGUUUGUGUUUGAGGAUACGCACCUGCGAAUCGAUCCCACGUGUAACAUCUUCAUUACGAUGAACCCUGGGUAUGCCGGUCGAACGGAACUGCCCGAUAACUUGAAGGUGUUGUUCCGCACUGUUGCUAUGAUGGUACCGGACUAUGCCAUGAUCGGAGAGAUCACACUCUACUCAAACGGAUUCGACAAUGCACGCGUGCUGGCGCAAAAGAUCGUGCACACGUACAAGCUCUGCUCGGAACAGUUAUCCUCGCAGUUUCACUAUGACUACGGAAUGCGAGCGGUAAAGUCUGUUCUGAUGGCAGCCGGGGCUUUACGGCGUGCCCAACCGCACCUACCGGAGGAUCAAAUAGUGCUGCGUGCUAUUAUUGAUGUGAACCUGCCGAAAUUUCUUCAACAGGACAUUCCGCUGUUUGAGGGCAUCUACAAAGAUUUGUUUCCAGGCGUUGAUUUACCUCCGCCCGCUAGAGAAGAUAUCGUAAGGAUAUUGCUCGUGAAAUUAGUCAAACGGAAGCUUCAACCGACGGCCUGGUACAUCGACAAAAUCAUGCAAAUCUACGAGAUGCUUCUCGUGCGCCACGGCCUUAUGAUUGUCGGUGACUCGAUGGGAGGCAAAACGACGGCCUAUCAAGUGUUGGCCGAAACUCUGCGUGAGCUACGGCUCGAAAAGGGACCAAAGAGUGACGAGCAAGGAGUGCAGUAUCGCAUCAUCAACCCGAAGUCGGUCUCCAUGGGUCAGCUGUACGGUAGUUUUGAUCCUGCCUCCCAUGAAUGGUCCGAUGGCGUGCUGGCGAACACCUUCCGCGAGAUGGUCAACACGACGAGCCUCGAACGGCAGUGGAUCAUCUUCGAUGGGCCGGUCGACGCAGUGUGGAUUGAGAAUUUAAAUACCGUGCUAGACGACAACCGCAAGCUGUGCUUGAUGUCUGGUGAAAUCAUUCAAAUGACCAAGCUGAUGAAUCUCGUUUUCGAACCCGUAGAUCUGGAGCAAGCUUCCCCGGCCACCGUUUCCAGAUGUGGCAUGAUCUACAUGGAACCACAUCAGCUCGGUUGGGUAGUGCUGCACAAAUCAUUCCUGCUUGUGUUGGAAGAGAAAGGUGUUUCCGAAAUAAACAUCGGCGUAUUUGAGCAGCUAGUGGAAUGGUUGAUACCUCCGUCGCUGAAAAUUUUGAAAAUGGUUAAAACCGUGCUACCCGUUUCAGAAAUGCAAUGCUACUCGAUGUUCUCAAAGUUUUUCUCAAUCUUUUGCACCCGUAUGCACAACUAUACGCAAGUACAAUUCCAGCAAGCGUUCUUGUUCUCGUACGCAUGGGGCUACUUUUCGUCAGUUAGCAAUGAGGGGCGCAAGAUGAUCGACCCUUUGCUGCGCAAGAUACUGUACGGUGGUAACGAGGAUCACCCCAAACCGAAACAUUUCUCGCUAAACCGAGGCCAGAUGUAUCCGGAAAAGAUGAACUUCAUGGAUUACCGGUUCGAUGAGCACGAAAAUUGGUGGCCUUGGCAAACGACAGAGGAACUCGUCCUGCCUGAAUCCUGCAUAGUGUCCGAGCUCAUGAUACCCACCAAAGAAACCGGCUACAUUCUCUACUGGACCAAUCUGUGCGUGCGCAGUGGCAUUCCGCUGUUGCUCGCUGGUCCGACCGGAACAGGUAAAAGUGCCACGAUCUCGAACUACAUUCGAGAGCUACCGAAAGCGAAAUUCAUAUCGAACAUUAUCAACUGCUCGGCACGAAGUACGGCUGCGCAGGUGCAGGACACGAUCAUGGGCAAGUUGGAUCGGAGGCGUAAGGGCGUUUAUGGGCCGCCAGUUGGGAAAGAGUGCGUCAACUUCAUCGACGAUCUCGCUAUGCCGGCUCGAGAUGACUAUGGGUCUCAGCCACCACUAGAGCUCGUUCGCACCUGGCUCGAUCACCGUGUAUGGUCGGAUCUGCGAGAUACGUCUAAAAUUGAGUUGAUCGAUCUGCUGCUCAUCGCUGCGAUGGGACCGAUCGGUGGAAGCAAUUUUAUUCCACAACGGCUUUACCGGCACAUGUUCGUGCUGUCGGUGGAUUCAUUCGAGGACACCACGCUGAUGCGCAUAUUUUCCUCCAUCGGGGACUGGCAUUUUGCCAAAGGAUUCCCGGAGCCGGUGGCCCGCCUCAGCAAGCUUCUCAGCCAAGCCUCGAUUGCGGUUUAUCGGGGCGCGAUCGAGAACUUCCUUCCGACACCUGCCAAAUCGCACUACCUUUUUUCUCUGCGCGACGUUUCUCGCGUGUAUCAAGGCAUCGUGCUGGUGCCUGCAAAGAAGCUGCCAGAUCAGGAAAAACUUGUGCGCCUUUGGGUACACGAAACGUACCGCGUGUUUCACGAUCGGUUGAUCGAUGAUGACGAUAAACUCAAGCUGCUGCGCUUGGUGGAUGACUCGUGUGUGUCGAAUUUGCGCUUGAAGCUAGAGCAAGCGUUUGGCGAUCGUCUCGAAUCGGGCCAAAAGGUAUCCGAUAAGCAUAUCCGGGAUCUGCUCUUCGGCAACUACAUGGAACCCGCGGCAGUGACACGGAUAUACGACGAAGUCGACAACUGGGAGCAGCUGGAGAAAAACGUCAAUUUUUAUUUAACCGAGUACAACGAGCGCUCCAAAUCGCCCAUGAAUUUGGUACUGUUCCGGUUUGCGAUCGAGCACAUCUCCCGUGUGUCACGUGUGCUGCAGAUGCCGCGUGGUCAUCUGCUGCUGGUCGGUCUCGGAGGAUCCGGACGACGAAGUGCCGUAAAGCUGGCGUCCAGCAUGAGCGAUUCAAGCGUGUUUCAGGUGGAAGUAACGCGCAGCUACACGUUGAACGAAUGGCGCGAAGACAUGAAAAAGCUGCUAAUGAACGCGGGGUGCGAAGGCAAACGAACCGUUUUCCUGUUUAACGACUCACAGGCGAAAGAGGAAGCUUUCGUCGAGGACAUCAACUCGCUGCUCAACACGGCCGACCUGCCCAAUCUAUUCCAAGCCGAGGAGAAGGCAGUGAUCCUGGAGCAAAUGCAAACCAUCGUCCAGGCUACGAACAAACCGAUCGAUCUGACCGCACUGUCACUGUACAAUUUCUUCGUUGAGCGUGUGCGCGAAAAUCUCCACAUUGCGUUGGCCUUUUCACCGAUCGGAGACUCUUUCAAGAAGCGGCUGCGAAUCUACCCCUCGCUUAUCAACUGCUGCACAAUCGAUUGGUUUACGGCUUGGCCGGACGAUGCGUUGCAGAAGGUGGCCGAGUUUUUCAUUCGCUCGAUGGAUCUCGUCACCAGCCAGGAAAGGCUGUCCUCUCACGAAUCGUCGAGCGUCGAGAUUGUCGAGAGUGUGGAGGACAAGGAUCCAAAAACACGCCAGCUGACAGCGCUGGAGCGAAAGCUUAUCGAUUGUGUGCUUGUAUUUAACGAAAGUGUCGUGGAAAGCUCGCAACGGUUUUUCCUCGAGCAAGGUCGGCGCAAUUACGUCACACCGACGUCCUACCUGGAGAUGUUGCGAUCGUUCAAGGAUUUGUACCACAAAAAGUACUCCGACACCAUCACCCAACGCGAUCGCUAUACAACCGGUUUGGAAAAGUUGGAUUUUGCCGCCGGGCAAGUGUCGGUCAUGCAGGACCAGCUGAAGGAUUUGCAACCGAUGCUGAAGCAAACGUCGGACGAAACGGAGAAAAUUAUGGUGAACAUCGAACGAGAAACGGCGGAGGCUGAAAAGAAGAAGGAAAUCGUCGGAGCGGACGAAACGGCGGCUAAUGAGGCGGCCGCAUCGGCGCAAGCGAUCAAGGACGAUUGCGAGAGUGAUCUACAGGAAGCGGUACCGGCACUGGAAGCUGCCCUUUCCGCUUUGGAUACGCUCAAACCAGCGGACAUUACCGUGGUGAAGUCCAUGAAAAACCCACCCUCGGGCGUGAAACUUGUGCUGGAGGCCGUGUGCGUUAUUCGGGGCAUCAAACCGGAUAGGAAACCUGAUCCAAAUGGCCAUUUGGUGGAGGACUACUGGGGACCCUCACAGAAGAUGUUGGGUGAUCUUAAGUUUCUGGACAGCUUGAAAACCUUCGACAAAGACAACAUUCCCAUACCGGUCAUGAAAAAAAUACGCGAAGUGUACAUUGCCGAUCGUGAGUUUGUGCCGGAGAAAAUCAAGAACAUCUCGAUGGCCUGCGAAGGCCUUUGCCGAUGGGUUCGCGCUAUGGAAAUCUACGAUCGUGUGGCGAAGAUUGUCGCACCGAAAAAGAUUGCCCUGGCUGAGGCCGAAGCGGAACUGGCGAUGCAGAUGGAAAAGCUCAACUCGAAGCGAGCGGAGCUGCAGGAAAUUCUUGACAAGCUGCAGAAACUGAACGAUUUCUUUGCCGAAAAGUCUCGCGAAAAGAAACGGCUAGAGGACGAGAUCGACAGUUGCGAGAAGAAACUCAUACGAGCUGAGCAACUUAUCGGUGGCUUGGGUGGAGAAAAACGCCGUUGGUCGGAGUGCGCCACAAACCUGCACCAAUCGCUGAGCAACGUCGUGGGAGAUGUGCUACUGGCGGCAGGUUGUGUCGCUUAUCUUGGUUGCUUCUCGACCGAGUUCCGUUCGGCGAUUGUGCAAGAGUGGAACUCGGAAGCCCUGUCCCGGCACAUACCUUGUUCAGAAAACUUUUCGCUGCUCACAACCCUCGGCAACCCGCUGCUUAUCCGUAGCUGGUCUAACUGGGGCCUGCCGACGGAUAACUUUUCGGUGGAAAACGGCAUCAUUCUAAAGCACGCACGUCGUUGGCCACUGAUGAUUGAUCCUGAGGGGCAGGCGAACAAAUGGGUUAAGAACAUGGAAAAAGCCAACAACUUGAAGAUCAUCCAGCAGAUGGAGACCAACUACAUGCGCGUGGUUGAGAAUGCAAUCAUCAACGGAUACCCGGUAUUGCUGGAGAACGUGGGCGAGAAUAUUGAUUCCGGAUUCAACACGAUCCUGGAAAAGAACAUUAUCUAUCUACGGGGAUCGUAUAAUAUCAAAUUCGGAGACGCCAUGAUCGAGUACAAUGACAAUUUUAGGUUCUACAUCACGACUAAUCUGCGCAACCCGCACUAUCUCCCGGAAACAGCCGUCAUGGUAACGCUGAUGAAUUUCAUGAUCACCGAGCAGGGUCUACGAUCGCAGCUGCUCGGCACGGUGAUCAUCCAGGAGCGACCGGAUUUGCAAGAGAAAAAGGAAUCCCUCAUUAUCGAGUCUGCUCAGAACCAGGAAGCGCUCUACAAUGCCGAAGCCAAGAUUCUGCAGGUUCUCUCGACCUCCGAGGGCAACAUCCUGGAUGAUGAGAACGCGAUCGACAUUCUCACCUCCAGCAAGCAGCUCUCGGAGGAGAUCCUAGCGAAGCAGAUCAUUGCUGUUGCGACAGAGGCAGAAAUUGAUGCCGCUAGACAGCAGUACAUCCCUGUGGCCCGCCACUCGGCUGUGAUCUUUUUCUGUACGGCUGAGUUGGCCAACAUCGAUCCGAUGUACCAGUUCAACCUGACCUGGUUUCUGCAUAUAUUCGUGCAGGCCAUCAUCAACUCACCCAAAUCGGAUGAUCUUGAGCAGCGUUUGAAACACCUAACCGACUAUUUCACCAUGGCUAUCUACAAUAACGUUUGCCGCUCGUUGUUCGAGAAGGAUAAGCUUAUGUUUUCGUUCGUGCUUUGCCUCGGCAUCAUGCGAGGCCGAGGAGACAUUGAUGAUGCCGAACUAUCGUUCCUGCUGACGGGUGGGCUUGCGCUGGAUAACCCGUAUCCCAAUCCGGCUCCCGAAUGGCUCACGGACAAGUGCUGGUCGGAAAUAGUGCGGGCAGGAUCACUUCCAUCGCUCAAAGAACUUCCACAGUCAUUGAUGAAACACAUUGACCAGUGGAGAGCAUACAACGACCUAAACGAUCCGGAUACGCAAUCACUGCCAGAGCCGUUUGACCAGCAGGACAACAUCAUUAAGUUGAUUGUGCUGAAAUGCUUGCGACCAGACAAGGUGGUACCGGGAUUGCAACGGUUCAUAGUACAAAAUAUUGGCCAGCCGUACGUGGAACCUCCACAAUUCAAUCUGGAAACGUCGUACCGUGAUAGCUCCCCACGGUCUCCGCUUAUUUUCAUGCUCUCGCCCGGUUCGGACCCUAUGGACAACAUUUUGACAUUCGCAAACUCGCACUACAUGAGUGACGAUUGUCGUGUGAUCUCGCUCGGACAAGGCCAAGGUCCGAAGGCUACGCGAACAAUCCUGGAUGCGAUCAAGAUGGGCUACUGGGUCGUUUUGCAGAACUGUCACGUGGCCGAAUCGUACAUGGACGAGCUGGAGAAGAUCUGUAUGGAUUCCAGUCUGUACGAAUCUGUCCAUCCCAAGUAUCGGCUCUGGUGUACGUCCUAUCCCAGCAAACGGUUCCCGGUGUCCAUUCUGCAGAACAGCGUAAAAAUGACUAACGAAGCCCCGAAAGGCGUGAAGAACAACAUGACUCGAAGUUUUUCCACCGAUCCACUUUCCAACAAUACCUUUUAUACGGAUGCAUUCGACGGUGAGCUAUCGAAAAUGUGGCUGCGUGGUGUCUUUUCGCUGGUUUUCUUCCAUGCCGUCGUGCAAGAGCGAUGCAAGUUCGGUCCGCUCGGUUGGAACAUCCCGUACGAGUUCAACGAGUCUGACUUGAAAAUUUCGCUCAUGCAGCUGAAGAUGUUUAUAAAUCAAUAUCAAAAGAUUCCCUUCGAGGGUCACAUAUACCUUACCGGCGAGUGCAAUUACGGUGGGCGUGUUACGGACGAUAAGGAUCGUCGUCUGCUGAUGGCUCUGUUAAACCGCAUCUACAACCCAGACACAAUCGAUGUCGACCGUUUCCAGUUGACGGAAUCCGGGCGGUAUUUGGUGCCGGAGCGUCCUACAAAAACAGAAGCACUUUCGUACAUCUCCACAAUGCCGCUGAUCGCCCAUCCUGAGGUGUUCGGGUUGCAUGAGAAUGCAGACAUUACACGUAACAUCGAGGAAACGUCAUCGCUGCUAAAUCGAGUUCUGCUCACUCAAACGCACCUGUUCGCCGGUACUGCCACAUCCGAUACAGAGCAAAAGGAUGAUCCAGUGUUGGUGCUGUGCUCCGAGAUUGCCAAAAAGCUGCCCAACCUGUACGACGUGGAAGCCGUCGCCGAGCUCUUCCCGAUCGAGUACGAUAAUUCCAUGAAUACGGUGCUGCGGCAGGAGCUGACACGGUUCAACCGGUUGCUCGAGUACAUACACAUCAGUCUGGUGGAUGUGCAGCGUGCCAUCAAGGGUCAGAUCAGUAUGAUACCGGAGCUGGAGAAUAUCUACCGUGCGAUGAAAAUAUCCCGAGUUCCCAAGGCGUGGCUUUCAAAAAGCUACCCCUCGCUGAAACCUCUCGGCAGCUACGUGAAUGAUUUCGUGCAGCGGCUAGCGUUCUUUCAGCGCUGGAUCGAUGAGGGUGAACCGAACGUCUACUGGAUGAGUGGGUUCUAUUUUACGCAGUCCUUCCUGACCGGCAUCAUGCAGAAUCAUUCGCGCAAGUUCAACCUGCGCAUUGAUGAUUUAGUGAUGAACUUUGAGGUGACGCAGUUCGAGUCCGACGACGAGGUGAAGGAGUCCUCAGAAGUGACUACUUUCGUAAAGGGUCUCUACUUAGAAGGCGCCCGGUGGAAUCGAAGCACGAUGCUCAUGGACGAGCCUUUGUCGCGCAUCCUUUAUGACACGUUGCCGAUCGUUUCGAUGGCACCGAUUUUGAAGACUGAAAAAAGCGGCCAACUCCGCAACCGUUACGACUGUCCGAUCUACAAAACCAGCGCGCGUCGUGGAAUCCUUUCCACUACGGGUCACUCGACGAACUUUGUCAUGUUUCUCGAGCUGGACACCGACAAGCCCCAGGAGCAUUGGGUUCUUCGAGGAACGGCAUGUCUCUGCCAGUUGGAUGAUUGA